AUGGAAGCUGCGGUGUUGACCGCGUCAGCUUCCGUGUUGACCGUGUUAAUAAAAACUCUUGUCCCUAGGUUGUUAUCGCUAUGGGACAAGGCCAACAAGAAGUACGAGGCCUUCCAAGAUGAUGCUACUUUCCUAGGGAGGGAGCUUCCCAUGAUCACUAGUGCCAUAGAAGGACAGCUCUCGGGGCAGGACGACCAUGUACUGCGUUUGUCGGUUGAAGAAUUACGACAAAUCGCUCAUGAUAUGGAGGACUGCAUUGAUCGCAUCACAUACCUUGCUUCUUGGAAACAGCAAUUGCCGCGGUACCAUAUACGUAAACCUAUCAAGAAGAAAAAAUCAUUUACAGAGUUGGGCAAGCAGAUGGGGCGAUUAAGGAAGCAAUUGGAGGAGGCACACCAGCGGAAAGAGAGAUAUUAUGUGUCCCGUCCUGCACUGCCUUUGUCGUCCUCGGAGUCCCGUCGUGCACUGCCUUUGUCGUCCUCGGAGUAUUACGUCCAUCCUGAAGAUCUGGUCGGCCUCCAGGUGCCCCUGGAGGAGCUAAAAAAUCACUUGUCCGAACAAGAAGAGCUGAAGCAGUUGAAGGUAAUCACCAUAGUUGGCUUCUGUGGAUCGGGGAAGACUGUUCUUGCCCAUGAGUUGUACAACAGCGAGGUCAGCACAAAAUUCGACAGCAAGGAAGGCACGAAAUCCAAGAUACACACAUGGGUCUCAGCUGAGCACAAGGAUCCCAUGAAGCUCUUAGAGGAGAUGCACCAGAAUCUUGGGAUUCCGUCGCCAAUAACAUCAAAUGGCCGCCAGCUUACCAAGGAUCAAAAAGACCACCUUAACAACAACAGUACUUUCUCCAUCCUAAUCUGA